AUGCCUACAGAGAAGGCACACACAACGGCCAGGGGGUCCUCACACCACCCCACAGCAACACUGCACCGGCCAAAUAACACCAGCGAGCCCAGGCUUAAGACAGCUAAACUUGAAGAGGACCAAAGGCAGCAGGAGCAGGAGAGGAGAAGACGAGAAGAUGAACGGUGCCGGCAGCAGGAAGAGCAGGAGAGGCGAAGGCAAGAGGAGCAGAGGAGGCGCGAACAGGAGGAGUUGAGGAGGCAGGAGCGACUAGAACGAGAGAGACGGAUCCAGCAAGAGAUUGAUCGAGAGAAUGAAGAGUGCAAACAGAAGCUGUCCAACGCAAAAGAGAAGCUGAAGCAGAAGCAGAACUUCAAGGGUCAAGAACGCCACCACCAGCGCACGCAUGUCCUGCACCAGUUGGUGGAGGAUGAUGCAACGGCAAUUGAAAGAGAUGAGCCCGUGGAUGUAGAGGAAAUGUUCAAGGACCUUUUGUCAAAAUACAGUAUUGAUGAGGAUGAAAUAAUGACAACUCUCAGUGCGUUAGACAAAGAUGACCCUGUGAAACACCUUGAAGAACGUGGCACAGAUGAACUCAAAGAUGUGGAGACAAUUUUAGAUGAGAUGCGAGAGUCAAACUAUCCUGAAAACAUCCUGUUGGCCUUAGAGGAGGUGUUGAAACACCUGGAAAUUGAGCUGCCCAAAUAUGCUUUGAUAGAUCUUAGUGAGCAGGACAUUAAGGAUGUGAAACAAAAGAUAAAAGGGCCUGUGGAAAACUAUGAAGUUGAAGUUCAGCAUGCAUACAGCCAGGAAAUAGUUUUUGGCACUGUUGGAACAUUUGCCGCAGACAUCUUGAAGCAGGAGUUUGAGAGGAGCCCUACACGAGGCAGCAGGGACUUUGAGUUGGUAAUCGUGGAUGAAGUAGACUACAUGACCCUUGACAAUGGAGUCCAAAUAAAGGCCAAGGUGAUCCCAUACACGAGAGAGUCACAAAGCUACGUGGGGAUGUUCAAAAAGAGCUUGAAAAGCCUAAGAAGGAAGAGGCAAAGAACCAACAAAGGGGACGUAGACAGGAACAGUCCAGUAAACGCUGACCACGUACCACCAAAGUCCGCUUUUCAGAAGGCUCGUAGGAUUCUAGAGGAAAACUCUCAGGAAAGUCAAAAUCUCAAAGAAAAGAACCCCAAACUGUAUGAGAUCAUUCAAAAUGCCAGGAAUGAUGCAAGAGGAGACAAUCUUUUAGCCAUGGAGGUACUUACAUCACACCACAGGCAAGCACUGACCACAGGAAACUACCUGGAGUCCCAGAGAUGCAGAGAGCUGGUGUGUAACAGUGCUGUGAGUGGGGAUGGAGAGAAAAUGAUAAAGCUCUCCCUCAUCUUGGCUCAUCCAAUGACUUCCCAGAAUCUCAGAGAGGAUGCAGGUAUCCAAAGACAAAGACUUAACCACAGUCUCUCUGAGGAUGCUACCAAAGGCUACUAUAAAAUUGGCAAUUUGGAGAUUGUGAAACAAUACUGCAAGCUGGGAGUCAUUGACCAGAAUCAGCGGGAUAGGCUGCUGUCGUGGGUGCAAGAAGAUGGUUACUUGAAUCACGAAACUUCCGAGUACAAGGAAUGUCUUGACACCUGCAAAAGCGCUAAAGCAGAAGCUGAAGCUGAGGCUGCAAUGGCAAAGUGAAAUCAUUUCAUACAGUCUUUUAGGAACAAUCAUUUGUGAAUUUCUGAUGUAUCCCACAAGCAUUUGGAACCAUAUUUCUACAUAUUUACACUGCUAGUAACCUUGCUAGGCCUACAGUAACUAUACAGUUAUGUUACAAACCCGAUCACCCAACUAAUGGGUGGAACGUAAAUUGUAAUAGAGAAUGUGCACAUCAGUGGCUCAGGGGCUGGACCAAACGAGAUAACAAAUAAAAUAAUAAAUGCCAGCAAUACUGUUAUAUGCUCCAAAAUGGUACAGCAUUUCAGACGCUCAGUCCUUCAUCAAGUGCAACUAAAUAAAUUGUGCCAUUCAAGUUGAAAGUAUCAGAAGCCAUCUUGGGACAACAAGUUUUGUCCUACAAGUUUUACAUGUCCAACUUAUUACAUUUUGUCACAUACUAUGUACUUUAGCCUUCAUACUUUUGCGUUAAUUUUUGCGACAUGUUUUUUUUUGUAUAUUGGCAGUCAACCAGGGCUACGGGAUAUCAAAUCUGUGGUAUGCUGUGGGAUGAAUGUCAAGGGUUCAAAGAUGACUCCAAAUUUGGCAGUUCCAAAGCCCGCGGUAUGCUUGCUGCAGGAUACGCGUGCGCGGGCACAAUUCGUUACACGAUACGUUAACAUACGUAUGUAAUGUCAAUUUCGUGCACGUUGGACACGGCAACCAAACGCGUGCAAUACCUUAAAAGUCGCUGGGGGCGAUCCUAAGAAAUACUGCACAGUUCCACGCAAGUGUUUCUGGUAAAAAGGACGAUGGCAGCAACUU